CCGACCGAGUAACGUUGACGUGCAGCGAAACGUGUCCAGGUGUCAAAGCAAAAGUCCUUUUGUCCGAUAUGUCAGGACGCGAUCAGCUGGAGUCUGACACCGAUCGCCACAACAACGUCCUCGGCGGGUGGCUAGCUAGAUAAGCUAGUUAGACGUGCUAAGAUAAGUUUGGUAGACCGCCAUGUCUUCUCGUCAGUGCUUUUACAAACUGUGUUCACACUCGGGCUGUCGUGUCCCCCCCUCCCCCUCAAGAGUUGUCUCUCUUGUUUCGAUAUAGUCGCGCCGCUUGUCUCGCUAAAUACGUGGCACGCGACGUUAGCCAGUCACAACGGUUGUUUACAACACGGAGCUAACGCUCGCUAGCUUGGCGUGUGUUCGCUUUAGCGCGUUAGCAUGUUCGCGCUCGCGGCGCUUCGUUGUGCGGCGUGCAAGACGCGGAGCCGGGUCGCUACACCCCGGACGCGUGUGACAGCCCCGCGGUGGAGCCGUUAUCGAUUAUGCAGAUGUUUGUGAGUGUAGGCGCGCAGGCUGCUAGCUCCGGCGGGUUGCGGUUAGCUCAUUAGCCGGCUUUAUCUGUCAGUGUGUGUGUGUGUGUGUGCCGCAGAGCGGGGACGCGGUGCUGCGGUGCUGCGGUCACCGCUGUGUCUCCGAUGUUAAUGGGGACAACAUGUCAACGUCAUGGCUGUUUCAUGACGGCGCGUCAAGUGGAAUGAUUUUCUUCACGCUAGCUCUCCAGUUACGGUGGUGUUUCUCUAACUAGCCGCAUCGCUAAUCGUGUGGGCUGCGGUCCGAUCUGACACCUUCACGGCUUGAAGCGCGCUACAGCCGGGGGACGAUUUGUAUCGCGACACUGUGCAGAUAUGUUACUCUAAAGAGUGCUAAAGUUGGUUUUAAUCUAGCAGAAUGGAGAGACAAAAAGCCAUCUGCUAGUUGGACAAAUGGAUGAAAUAGUUCCGCAGACACUGUAGAGGAAUUUGAAGACAGUAUAAUGCAAAAGAAGAUGAAAAUUCCCAAGAUGUCCAUCAAGAAUUCAGGAAACUGUAUCGAAAACAAUUUUGGAGAGGAGAGAAUGCCACUCAGGCAUAAAAAGGCCCCGUCUCAGGACCAUGGACGCCCCCUCUCCAACUCCUCCAAGAGCCUGGCAGCAGUAGUGGCUCGCCUGGAGAGAAAUGCAGCCAGCUCCUGUGUGGAGGGCGAAGAGGAUCUGGACGAGGACCGGCUGGCCGAGGAGGGAGAGGAUGCAGACGACGAAGAUGAAGAUAUGGAGGCAGAGCAUCAGCAUCAUCAUCAUCACCAGCAGCAACAACAACAACAACAACAACAGCAUUUGGAGGUGGACACGGAUUGUGUGUCCGGGGUAGUUACGGCCGUGGUUCCCAGAGUCCUGUAUGAGGAGCUGGUUCAUAGCUACAGGCAACAGGAGGAGGAGAUGAGGAGGCUGCAGCAGGAGCUGGAGAGAACCCGCAGGCAGCUGGUGCAGCAGGCCAAGAAGCUGAAGGAAUAUGGCAGCUUGCUGACAGAAGUCAAAGAACUGAGGGACUUCAACAGAAGGCUGCAAGACGUACUUCUCAUGAGACUGGGCAGCGAGCCUAUGCAUGACAAUGGCACUCAGACAAUCAAGGCUGAAGUGGUUGAACCCAUUGUUGAGGCCCAGGAGACAUGCAGAGAAGAAGCCAACACCAGUUCCAGCUACUCCCCCUCCCCCAGAACAGUAUACACCUGCAACGAUGGGAAGGUGCACCUCGGUGGAGGGAUCUGGGUGGAGGAGGAGAAGUGGCACCAGCUGCAGCGGACCCAGGGAGACUCCAAGUUCACAAAGAACCUGGCUGUCAUGAUCUGGGGCACAGAGACCUUAAAGAACCGUAGUGUCACUGGAGUCGCCACCAAGAAGAAGAAAGACGCGCUGCCCAAACCUCCACUGUCGCCCAGCAAACUGAAAAUUGUUCGAGAGUGUCUCUACGACCGGGUGUCUCAAGAGACGGCCGACAGCGCCGAGAUCACGCAGAGGUUGUCCAAAGUGAACAAAUACAUUUGUGAAAAGAUAAUGGACAUCAACAAGUCCAUCAAGAACGAGGAGCGGCGGGAAUCCAAGCUGCUCAUCAGACAGACGGUGAAGAUGGAGAACUUCACCUACGAUGGCAUGUAGCGAUCUACUGUUGUCACGCCAGCGCCUUCUGCCCCCCCCCCCCCCCCCCCACGGUCGGCAGGAUAUGGAGGGGACUAGAUAUGCGGUCGGGGGAUGUUUGUCACAGUUUCAAGAGCAGGUUUUCUUUGACACAUUGGAGUGGUUACGAUGUGAAACGUCUAAACGAACACACCCCUUCCCAGCGGAGCGACCGUCACCUUCCUCAGUGCCCAGUGUUCCCAUUGGCUGACAGACAGCUUUACCCAGCAGUGAGAAAUUGAACGCGUGUGAUCUCGUCUGGCGUGAGCUGGAAUGAGUGUUUUUAUAAGCUUGACAGUGGGACUGGUGCAGAGACAUGGUUUACCGACGUGUGUGCAUUCGUGUCAAAGAAAGGAUAUGAUGUAAUCGUUCAAAUUGAUUUAUUGUUCUGUGUCAGAACAUAGUUUUGAGUCCUUAAACUUUUAAAAAGUAAGAGGUCAUUUCCCUAGACAAAGUCGUCCGACGCUAUAGAGACAAUGACGCUGGCUUGCGUUAGAUCUUCGACGUGUGAACGGUCGGAUGUUUUGGUGACUACUUCAGCUGCUGCGAGUGUUCGCUCUGGUACUUACUGCGUGAGACGAGACGCCGAGGUCUCAAAUGCACAAGUCUCGAUUGGUCAUAGCCAUAUUGCGAUUUGCAGCAGAGAUUCUGUUGCUUCAAGAGAUUAAUAAAAGUGUGUGCGCCCCCCUGACUUAAGGUCAAUCACAACACGUUCUAUUGAAAAGACCAAGGCUAAUAGAGGUCAAAUGGGAAGUAUAACUCUAAUGUAGAGUCCAGAGAGUGAUAUUUAUGUUUUAUUUUUUCUUAUUGACCUUUUCAGUUGUGAGCAUUUGUGUUACUCUGCAUCAAACAAGUCACUUUCAGCCAAUUUGACUGUCGAAUGAGUCGUAGUGGUACAGGCAUGUUGAGGCCUUAAAAGGAUUUGGCAAUCACCAGGAGCUGCGGUGCCCCUGGGUUUUCUAGUAAGCCGUGAUUGUAUAUGUAUAGUAAGUGGAAGCAUUGAAGCUUCACCUGCACUUUGCUGUGAGAAUGUGAGAGGUGGCGUGGUACUACUUUCUGGGUGAUUCACACCAUUCGGUCGAUCUGAGCUGGGCUGCGUUCCGCCCUCUUGCGGUUGAGAGAUGCUGCGCUGCAACGUGAGGAGGAGAAUCGGGGCGCCGCGCGGUCGAGGUCGUCCGCAUGUGGAAGCGGCGCUCGCUGUGGGUAAAGCUGUCUGAAACACGAGUGUGCCGUUUGAAGACAUCUGGGCCUGCUGAACCCCAUAAUAACCCCCUCUUUUGUUUUAAGCCCCGCCACUGGGGAACAAAGGAAGGUCGCUCCAGUGACAAUUUCGUCUGAGCUACGCCAUCAAAACUUUGAAACUGUCCUUUUUUUUCUUCUAUUUUUGUUGUUGUUGUUGUUAUUGUUUUUGAGCCAAAGCGUUUUGUGUGGCCAUCUGCAGGCUGGAACUAAACGCUGCAGAUUGAAAUCUCAACCGUGACCUAGCUGUGGCUAACUGUGAAUCUGCUGCAGAACUGCCCAUCAAGCCUCUCUCCUCUUCAUACUUCUCGUUUUGUCAGUGGGUUUAUUUCUGUCUCUCAUUUUGUCGUUCCUGUUGUUGUUGUUUUUUUCCAAAAAGUUCAGAUCAGCCUUCUGUCGAGCUACUUUAAGUUUUGGAGAUAUGUUUGUGUACAGAAAACAUCAUCUUUGUUUCUUUUUUCUCUUUUUUUAAACAAACAUGAAUAUUUCAGUUUCUAGACAUGUUACAGUUGUAAAGGUUCUGGUCAAGUUUUUGGUUUAUCCAAUUGAUGUUGUAAUUCCAUGUUACCUGACGACAUUUUUUUGUGUUUCAUUUUUACACUUCCAUAUUGUUCGUACGAAUUGUUGGCUUUAAUCUUGAUGUUGUAUACAAAUGUAGAUCAGGGAACUCUUCAAACGGGUGAACAGAUCUCUCCCUUUCUUCGCCAAAGUGAUCUCUGUGGAACAUGAGAGGCGAGGCUUCCCUGAACGGAGCCCAGACGGCUAUCUACAGUCAUCUACAUUCACAACAUUCGCUAUUUAACCCUUGUGUUGCCUUAGGGUCAUUUUGACCCGAAUCAAUAUUACACCCUCCCCCCGCCUUAGGAUUAAUUUGACCCCAUUCAAUGUUUAAUGUCGGUGUUCUUUCGGUAGUCAACAAACAAACAUAAAGUGCCUCACACUUAAACUUGGAAAACAAUAUUAAUUCUAAUAAUUUUCUGGAGGUUUUAAUUGCUGGCAUCAAAUUGAACCCAAAGGGUAAAAUAUGUUAGUAAAUAUAAAGGUAACAGGAGGGUGAAACAUUGAAUUGGGUCAAAAUGACCCAAAGGCGGGGGGAGGGUGUAAUAUUGAUUCGGGUCAAAAUGACCCUAAGGCAACACAAGGGUUAAUGAGCCUCACUUUGGAUCUACUUUCUAAUGAUCGACCACAGUAAGACGCUAAUUUGCAUCGUUAAAACAUUGAACUCAAUUGAGAUGCAGUCGUUAGAUCAACACACACCAUUUACAUUGAAUGCACUUUAAACUUCUGGGCAAUUUCUUUGAUCUUAGAGAGAUGUGUUUGUCAUUUUGUUUUUUUAUAAUGUCUAUAGAGAUAAAAGUUAACAAUUAUUGUAUUUUCAUGAAGCACCUUAGAACUUUUAGGUUUAUUGUUUCCUCUGGGAAGAAUAAGUUAUGGGAUGUAUUGUUGUUUUGCCAGUCAGAUAUGCUCCUGACAUAUCAAUGUUUCAACAGGAACUUCUUUUAUUUAAUUCACCCAACCACGACUCGGAAAUAGUACUACGAGUACUUCUGAGUAUUUCAUUAUUUAAAGAUUUAUUCGCUUCACAAGUCACAUGCCAGUGAAACUGGAUUCUAUAACUCCAUCGUGGCCUCCAGGACAAUAAAUGUCCUCCUUGGCAAAUUGACAACAAAGUCCAAAACUCAACUUGGCUUUCAACCCCAAAACAUGAUUUAUCAAUUUGAAGCUAUUUACCUUAUGACAUGUGCGAGCUGACUGGAAUGCGUGCUUUAACUUAAUGUGUAAAGAUGCUGGUUAAGCAUAGAUGUGACGUGUAUAGCGAUAAGUGUGUAUUUUUUACAAAUGAUCAAAUAAGCCAAAGUAUUGGAUGCUGAGAUCAAGCUAAAGAAGGGGGAUGCUCACUGAGGAAUCAGUGAGGUUUGCACAAAAGAUGGCCCAUGCCAAGGUGAUAGAGCCUUGGGAAUCUUAAGACAACCAUAUGGUGACAUUAUUUACAUAUCUUUUUUUUUGGUUCCCAAAAAAAAAAUCCCUUUUUUUUCACGUGUACAAAGCAACAUGUGAGGUGUUCGUGCGCUAGCAUGUAUUUAACAUACAUGCGGUUUUAAAAGAAAGAAAAGAUUCCUGCUGUGCAAAGCAACCAUGCUGAAAUGACACUUUGUCUUGUUGUGUUUGUUUCUUUGUUGUUUGAUGCCAAAAGGGGGUGUGGUUAAACAAUGCUUUAAAAUGGGGCAUUAACAUAGUUAUUACAUCAUCUGAAGCUUCUUUUCAAACGCUGGUUUCCUGGAGUGUGAUUAAGCCUAAUCCUUUACCUGAAACCAUCUUUCAUGGAUGAAAGCUGUGUCAAAGAACUGUAUGUUUUCAACCCAGAUUUGGUUUAAUCUGUAAUGGAAAGGCCAAUCUCUCUAAUAUUUACCAAGGCACUCGCAGAAGAGCAUUCUGGUUUUUUUGCAGCAUAUUGGUGACACACCACCUGUCAAAGCCACUAAUGGAUGAUGAAGGCUGGUUUUGCUCUGACACCGGACCUUUCAGUACUUUCACUGUCACACCCGAGUAGUGCGAGGGAGGAAAUGUGACCUCUGGCUCCGUGACCCUCUUCCUGUGCCACCUCUCGUUUCUUACUCUCCUGUUGUUUCUAUGGACUGGAUUUAAAGAUGCUCGCCUCUCAAGAUACACCAAGUCCUGGUUUUGGCUUAAGUUGUGAACACCUGUCAAAGCUACAGAGGAUGUAUGUUGCUUGUUGACAGUUUGAUCGGGGGGGAAAGAGAUCAGUUCCAACUUCACCGUGUUGGAACAAGAUAAAUGGCUUUCGUCGAGCAGUUUUCACAACUAACGUGUUCACAACACAUAUUACGGUCUAAGCCUCAGAUACAAUGUCAAACUUAUUUCAAAUGUGAAAAAAAACAAAUGGGAAGAACACAUUGUUGGGCCUAUAUUUUUCUUACGGUAUCAGUAACUUUGUAUACAAUCCACAAACCGGUUCUACUUCAUCUGACUUCACCGUCCUACCUCAUUGUUACUCUGGUGUUUGUUUGUCAGUGACUGUAAACUGUGUGUGUGUGUGUGUGUGUAUAUAUAAAAAAAAAAAUCUAUAGGAAAGCUAUACCUGGUUACUCUCCACAUGUACAGCAUAUAACACCUCAGUACACAAUAUCACUCUGAGGAGAAAUCUGUUUUAUUACCUGCUUAAAGAUGCUGCUGUGAAGGGGUCUCGGAAUAUAUAUCUAUAUAAAUAUAUCUUCGCUCUUUGCUCUGUCGUGCAGUUGAUCAGUGGUCGUGUGCCGUCUCUGUAUCGCGUUCUGAGAUUUGUACUGGUUGACGGUGCUACCAGCAAACAGUUCAAGACCUGAUCUGUCUAUCGGACCUCAAAUGGUGCUGUUUUUCUAUGUUCUUCUCCUCAUACAGCUAUGUUUUAUUCAGGUGUGUCAACGGCUACUAUCCCCUCAGCUAAUCACAUUUUAAGCCAAAAUGUUUCACAAACCGAUAACUCCUGCUAUUACUGUAUCAACGAUAUGCUAUCCAUCCAAAUAUUGUCGAUAGUGAUUAUAUCCUCAGCUGUGAGUUUCAGAAGUACCUCAGAACGUUCUGAUUUUCAACGGAUGCAUCUGCUUCUAAAACCUGUUGUCCAGCAAUAUUUCAUUGAUGCAGUGUAUUUUCAGAAAUGUGUAUUUUUACUGGUUAGAUCAGGUUUCACUCUACAUAGGACAUGAUUACUAGAUCACACUCGGAUGACCGGUACAUUUAAAGGAUACCACUGUUCACUGGUUGCAUUCCAGAUUGUCCUCGUCGAAGCCAUGUUCUGUUUGACGUUCGAUUCAUUUUUACGGAAGCGAGAGAUUCCACUGGAAGUUGUAUUUGUGGUGGAAAAAAAUGCGAUCCGUGAGAAGUGUUUUUGGUAUUGCCCCAUCUGGUUUAAAAUGAAAUGUGCCACAAACAAUAGGGAUAAGACAGAUGACAGAUGGUCUUCAUGGACAGUUUUGGAGUGAUUGAUUUCCUCGAGUUACCACUUUAAUCUUCCCCAGUUGUAUCUCUGUGUCCCUAACGGAUAUUUAAACAAUUCAAAUAUCCGGUAUUAAAAAGGAAGUUGGUCUUGUAAUGUGCGAUUGACUUACUGUGAGCUACAGUCACGUAAAGCGGUUACGUUUCUGGACUUGGCAUAACCAUAAAAAUAAAAAAUAAAGUGAAUUUUCUUGUCUGUUCCCCGGUACAGUGACACCAAUGGAAUCUCUUCCGCGCCAAAGCGUUGUUUCGGGGGUAGUUUGCUCUCCCUGGUAUGUAAAUGUUAGUUUCUGUCCUUGUUUUUCUUACUCUCCCCGUGUCUGUACACAUGUGAUGUGCUGGGGAGCUCCUCGCUACUGUGACCCGCGUGUGUGCAAACACACAGCAGUUCAUGGGCGCACUUAAGCCAUUCAUUGGACUGUUUCAUAAAGGUCCGAUUCGAAGCUUUGCUCCGGGCCAGGGAGUUGACCCACAGAGUUUUGUGUGUAAUUGAAUUCCUAUGCAGGUGCUGAGUUGUCAUCACCUGGUACCGCUGUGUCACUGCUGGGUGGAGGGGAGGGAGAUAACCGGAGAGUGUUUAAUCCAUUCAAUGUGUCGGCACGGCCUUGAGAUCGACUCAAAGGGGACAAUGGCGACAUGACAAAUCCGUACUGAAUUAUUACGACAUUUUCAUAUGGAGUUGAGCUCUCCAGGGCUGCCUGGGUAUACGCCUGUCUGUCGUAACUGCAUUGCAAUGACCAUUGGGGAACGACAGGGUUAUUACUGUGUGGAGUUUUUCCAGAUGGUAUGAUAAUGUGAAAAUAAUCUCAAGACUGUUGCGGUAAACACUCCCUCUGACCCUACUUCAGCCUCCUCGGAGGCAACACAUUUACAGAAAAUGUAAUAAGUAUAUGCGAUAGAAAGUGUACGUGUCUUUGCUAAACCGGCCACACCUCUGCUAUGCGAGCAACUCUUUGACGCUUAGCAUCCUGUUCUGUGUUUUUCUCUUGCUGCAUUCAGGAACACCUGUUUAAUGUAUAGACAAACGGAAAUAAAUCGAGACUUUUAUUCUAUCAACACAAACCUC